AUGCCUAUUUCGCUUGAGCUGGAUUCAGUCGGCUCGACAUCUCCUUCCCGCGCGGGCAGCGCGAUAUCCUCUGCUGGCUCGCCGUGGGAGCUGGUGGGCUCGGAGUGCGAGGAGCUCCCGGUCUUUCUUGCUGGGCAGGCGCUGUGCCUGCCAGAAGGCGGGGGUCGAAUCCUCGCGACGGCGCGCUGCGGCGGGCCGCUCCUGGUGUUCCUCUGGACGCUCGUGACGGUGGUCCGCGACCCGCCGAGCCCCGAGGAGGAGCCGCUGGAGGGUGAGGAGUUCACGCCCGAGCGGGUGAUGCCAGUGGAGGUAUGGAGCAGGCGCUACUAUCGCCGGAGCGCGACGGAUGGCGUGGAGAUCUUCCUUGUUCGACGGAAGACAGGAAAUUGCUGGGCAGCCCUGUUGCCCGACCUAUCAAUGGGGACCAUCACGAUCACUGCGAAGACGACGGUCUUCGCCGACCCCGUGCCAGGCAUCCGCUGGCAGGCUCUACCAGCACUCAGCCAGGUGCAGAAGGACAGCUUCAUGCAGCAGGCCACGGACGGACUGCGAGCAGGGACCAUUCCACCUUUGGAGUUGUACCGACCGGGGCGUCAGGCUCAGCAGGCGGUCGCCGUCAACGUGGUCUAUGCCGUGGCCAGUUCUGCACGCUCUUCGUUGCGUACGGUGCGGUGGGCGCUGCGCUCGCCGUAUCGGUUGCUGGGCUUGCUGGCGCUGGGCUUCGUGCUGUUCGAGGCUCUGAAGUACCUGGGGGUGGUGGACAUGAUCGUGGAGACCUGGCUCGCUUUCGUGAGUUGGAUGGUGACCUGCAGGGACACGCUCAUCGAGUCGUCCGAGACAAUCCAGGAGUGGGUGUCGUACGGUGGCGAGUGGUUGGAGUGGGCUCGAAAGCUCAUGCCGCUGCGGCGCUGGGCGGCCUUGCUGCUGGCCCUCAUCCUGCUCAUGAUCUGGGGAGCUCACGAGAUGCAGGAGGCGGAGGAGGCAGGUCAUUCAUCAGUGGCCUCGUCCUCUGCAUCGUCGGUGGUCGGAGACGUUGGAGGAGCCGCGGGCGUGGCGCCUCCGCUGCCGCCGCCGGUCGCGGCUCCGCCGCCCGCGGCGGCUCCGCCCGACGCCGCGCUCGUGGCCCAGUUGGACGACUUGGCCGAGUCCCAGAGAGCGAUGGCGGCGGAGCUGAACGAGAUCAGGAUUGCCGAACGUGCACGGGAGCUGAGGCGGUCGGCCAUGGUGUCGUCGAGCGUAGACCGCGGUGCCGAGGCGGCGGCUGCCAACCAGCUGCAGAUCCAGUCCAUGCUGAGUCGCCUCGACGAGUUCGAGGCUCGCUUGCAGGGAGGUGCGGCGGCGGGGUCCCCUGCGGCUGCCGCGGCCCCCUCUCCUGCCACCCCCGCGGGCGCGGCGGAGGGUCCCACCUCGCCUGCGCGCGCGGACGCGACGGUGCUGAUGGAGACUCCGGACAAGCGUGCUGCUUCGGAGCCGGCCGAGGCGGUGUCCCUGGCCAUCAAGCGGAUGAGGUUCAAGGCUCAGAUGCCGCAGCAGGUCUUCUUGGAGCAGCUGGAGGACUUCAAGGAGUGCCCAGCGUCAGAGUGGGCGACCAAGAUGCCCGAGGGCUACAGAGAGAGGAUCGCCCCGGACGUGCUCUCGGAGGUCUACUCGACGGGGAAGACGGCGGAGGCCUGGGCGAGGGACUUCAUCCGGGACCGGGGCCUCACCGACUGCAACACCGCUCGGGAGAUGAUCGCGACCUUCGCGGCCGUGGACACCAUGCUCAUGACGGACCGCCAGAAGGGGCUCUUGAAUCAGGUGAGCUUCGAGAGGCUGGUGCGAAAGGGUUACGCGUUGGUGAGGGCCUACCGCAACGUGCACUGCCGCGACGACUGGAGCAGGCCCAAGGACUCCAAGAGCUGGAAGUCCAAGGUCGACUGGGAGGCGGCGCGGCGUUUGGACCCGCAGCUGGCGGACGAGAGCACGAUCAGGGUCAUGAGUGCGGAGGAGGAGGUGAAGAAGGCCAUGGGUCGGGACGCGCAGUUGAUCAAGGCGCGCACGGACCUGGCCAACGUCGAGCUCACGGCGGGUGCUCUCACGCUGGCGGGAGGAGCCGCGAUCCUGCGGCUGCGUCCCGCCGCUACGGCGGCGGAGAACCAAUCCCGGUCUGUGUCGCCGAGAGUGGCUCAGAUGCUAGACGAUUUCCGGAGGGAGAUGCUGAAGGAGGACGGCGAGGAGUGCGUCAGGGCCGCGGAGGUGAAGAACUACGUGGACCCGCACUUCCGCCGAAAGAAGGACAUGCUGAUGCUGGCCAGGCGCAUGGCUCUGGCCGGGAUGUUGUGCCGCUGCGAGUCGAAGGUGGACGAGGUUGGGCUUUUCUGUGUGGUGAAGAAGGCCGAGAUCGUGGACGGCGAGCCCUUGGUGUCGUUGCGCUUGGUGUUCGACCAGCGGCGCUCCAACUUACGAUGGCGGUCGCCGCCGUGGUGUGCCAUGGGCGGUGUCAGUGCCAUGUCGUUCCUGGACGUGUCCGAGGAGAUGAUGGAGGAGGGCGCUCGGAUGGUCUUUGGGACUGGCGACCUCCCCGACUUCUACUACACGUUGGACUUGGGCGAGGCCAUCGCGCCCUACUUCGUGCUGCCUGGGGUCCGGGCUUCGGAGCUUCUCGACGUUCUCCCCUCGGACGCCUGCCUGAGUGGGUUGGGCGAGCACGUUGGUGUGCGGGUGGCGCUGAUGGGCUUUUCUUGGGCCUGCUGGAUGGCCCAGACGACCAUGGAGGACCUGUUCAACUCUGGUCCCUCCCUGGGUAUGCCCGCUCUCGCCGAGGAGCAGCGGCUGGCAGAAGGCGGUCCGCUGCCCCUGAUCAGUCGAGAGGUUCCCGCGGCCCACUACGAGUACAUCGACGACUUCGGCAUCAUCGGGGUCAGGGACAUCUGGUUGGGAGCCAAGUACUUGGUGAACGCCGCGGGCUUCAAUGUGCACAAGGACGACUGCUCGGGGCAGGCUCGGAUGAUCGGCGGGGACUUUGUGGGGACCCGCCUCGCCCCGAACCAGGACAAGAUGUGGUUGGCCGUGGCCGGGGUGAACGAGAUCCUCAGGCAGCGGUCGGAGUUCCCGGACGCGGUGGCCAAGAUCGUGGGUAUCCUGUCCUGGGGCUUUCUGAUCACUCGAGGGGCCCUGAGCAUCUUCUCGGAGGUCCUUCGCGAGCUGGCCUUGGCAGCGGCGGUGGUGCCGUUGGUGUCUGUCGACUUGGCCAUGCCCUGGGACCCCACGGUGACGAUGUUCGACGCGAGCCUCUACGGCGGAGCUAUCAUAUCUGCCCAGGCCGACACCCAGGAGAUGCGUCGCGAGGCUCGCUUUGCUGUCAGAGGAGGUUGGACCGUCUGGACUGGCAUCUCGUCUUCCUGGGCGGCGGACUCGUGGGCAGAAGGCGAGGCGUAUCGGCGAGUCGCCGAGGGCGUCGAGCUCGGGACGCGCGUGAGAGUCCCUCCGACGGGUCAGGUGAUCGAGGAGCUGGCGGACAUCGCGGAGGAGGAUCCGUUCGCGCCGCUGCGGCUGGGCUGGCCCGUGAGGGCGAAGGUGCUGCGCUUCCUGCACCUCUGCAGCGGCCACACGCGCUCGGGCGACUUGGAGUUCUGGCUCGCGCGUCUCGCGGCCCGUCGGGGGUAUGUGAUGCAGUGCACGAACGUGGACAUCGGGUUCGGGCCGGAGUUCGACCUGUCCGAGGAGGUGAACGUGCGGAGGCUGGAGCUGCUCGCCGAGCUGGAGGUGGAUGGAGGCCAUGCUGGGCCCUCGUGCGCUACGUGGUCGAGGGUGCGCUUCCAGCCAGGAGGACCUCCCCCUGUGCGCCUCCGCUCGCACCCCUGGGGCCGUCCAGGUCUGCAUGGCGCCGACUUGAGGAAGGUGGAGAUGGGCUCGGCGCAGUUGUUGAGCAGCCUGCGCGUGCUCAGGGCGAUUGGCCUCCGAGGUGGCUCGGUCUCGCUGGAGCACCCUGCCGACCCAGGGAAGCCUCCGUUUCCCUCGAUCUUCGCGACGCCGGAGGUGCUGGAGUGGGAGGAGACUCUCGGGGCCUACAGGGUGACCUUCCCUCAGUGCAUGUGGGGCUGCCCCGCUCUCAAGUUGACCACCAUCUCGGGAACAGCCAAGCACCUGCAGCGGUUCAUUCGCCCAUGUAUUCACAAGAACCACAUGGCGAGCUUGUGCGGGAAGGACGAGACUGGCCGCUUCAGGACGCGGGUAGCCCAGGCUUACUCGUCCGAGCUCUGCCGCAUGCUGGCGGAGGCCGUGGAGCUGCUGAUCAAGGAGACGCUCGAGCGGAGGCGGCGCGACAUCCGGGACAUCGACGUGCUGCCCGCCUCCUUCCUGGAGGCCUCAGGCUGA